AUGGAUCUGGAUGCGCAACAACAGAAAUUCGCCAUUCAUGCGGCAUGUCGCGAAGGCCAAGAUCAAAAGGUUGAAGCCCUGUUACAUUCCGAUCGCAAGCUCGCCACCCUUCGCGACGAUGAUGAUCGACUUCCACUUCAUUGGGCGGCGUCCUAUAACCGGCCCAAGUUGAUCGAAAUCCUUUCGGAAGAGAAGAACACCUUUGAUGUUGAUGCUGCGGAUGGCCUCGGUUGGACCGCUCUGAUGAUGGCCGCGAGUCUGCCACGAGAUGCAGGCGCUCCUCUGGUUGAAGCCCUCCUAGCGCAACAUGCCGCAGACCCUAACAUCAAGACACAUGCCGGUCAAACGGCGUUGUUCUUCGCGGUGUCCAAAGCCAAUUUGGACGUUGUGCGAAGCCUCCUCGCCCACGGUGCAACUGCGCGCGUCCGAGACAAACGUCAGCAACUUCCGCUCCAUCGGGCUGCCGCUAUUGGUCAUGUGCCCAUUCUGAAGGACUUGCUACAAAAGCAGAGUCCGAUCGAUACUGCUGACAUUGAUGGCUGCACGCCUCUCCAUCAUGCUGUAGCAGAGGGACAUGGUGAGGCGGCCGUGGCACUUUUACGUGCGGGCGCAGAUUCGAGUAAGAAGGACUCUGGUGGAAAACUUCCCAUUUCGCUGGCGCCAGACGCAAAGGUUCGGAAUUACAUUAUCAAGGCGGCGGAGGAGGAAGGUCUUGAUGUGGUUACCAGUUAG